AACCCUCAGACCGGUCUUGUCGAGCUCAGCACCGUCGACAAGAUGCCUACCCGUUUCUCGAAGACAAGGAAAGCCCGCGGUCAUGUUUCGGCCGGUUACGGUCGAAUUGGCAAGCACCGUAAGCACCCCGGUGGUCGUGGUAUGGCCGGUGGUCAGCACCACCACCGCACCAACCUCGACAAGUACCACCCCGGUUACUUCGGUAAGGUCGGUAUGAGGUACUUCCACAAGACCCAGCAGCAGUUCUGGAAGCCCACUAUCAACCUUGACAAGCUGUGGUCUCUCGUCCCCGCCGAGAAGCGUGAUGCCUACCUGAGCGGCCAGAAGACCGACACCGCCCCCGUCAUCGACCUCCUUCCCCUCGGCUACUCCAAGGUUCUCGGCAAGGGCCGUCUCCCCGAGGUCCCCAUCGUCGUCCGCGCUCGCUACUUCAGCCGGGAUGCUGAGGAGAAGAUCAAGGCUGCCGGUGGUGUUGUUGAGCUCGUUGCUUAAGUGUGGAAAGUCUGGGAUUUCACUUGGAGGAUGAAAAACCGGGACAGGUGCUGCGCUGGCUACGAUUCGGUGUAAUAGAGAUUCGAAUUCUCCCCGGGGAAUGAGAAAACAAAAAAUGGGAGCCGCGGAUCGGGCACCUUGAUCCGUGUAUUUACAAAUUCAAAAGGGUUUCUAUUUGUGACGAGCAAAGAAUGGCCUCCGGAUGCCCUUACGAUCACGCUCUAUUAUUGAACAAUACCAUAAAGGAGGACAACUUUUUUUUCUGUG